AUUUGAAUAAUACAUAAAUAGAUGAUUUAUCAUUGAAUUUCUUUUAUAUGAUAAAAAGAAUAGCAUGAAUUAAUGAGGGCAAAGAAAAAUUCAGCGAUUUUUUAGCAUAUUAAAAAAAUCGACCUGCCCGAGCAGUUGAAGCAGAAGCGCCGACGUGUUCAGAGCUCAUCGAAAGAUAUGGUGUCGUCAAAAGUUAAGAAGAAGAAAAAGAAUGCGAAAGGUGAUAUCUUACUAGAUCGGAAGAGCAAUAAAAUGAUAAUUUACUUGGACGAGUCGAUGAGGAUCCUAAAUCCUCGAGUUACUCCUAUAAAACAGAAUUGGAACGAGGAGCAGAUACGGAUUGUGAUAGUGCCUGAAAACGGACAUCAGAAGUUGUUUGUAUUUCACAUGCCAAAGAAUAUCGAAUGUAUGGUCGACGAUGUCUUGAGUUUGCUAAAACCGCAACUACAGGGGCAAAUUGAUAGUGUGUAUUUAACGCCUCGUACAGUUUGCAACGUAGAUUAUGUAGUCAAAGUUUCUACUAAACCAAGUGCCAGAAAAGUAGAGAAAGUUGAGUAUUCGCCAAACAAAAACUGCACUGCUACGAUAGAUCUUGCAAAAGAUUGGGCUAGUUCAGAAGGGUCUUUCUCCAAGAGGAGAGAAAAAGGAAAUGAUAACAAAGAAAACAAAUUGACAGACAUGCAACACCUAACUACUUAUUUACGAAGAAACGCACAAAUAAUUCUGUUGUAUCCACUGUCGCCUAGAAAAGGAAGUAUAACAAUCACCAUUGACGAUUUUAAACGUCUUAACAAAAAUGAAUAUCUUAACGACGUAAUCGUCGAUUUCUAUCUAAAAUACUUAACUUUAGAAAUACUUUCGGUGAAAGUUCAAGAAAGAAUCUACUUAUUUAACACGUAUUUCUACACGAGACUAUCUAGACCUAUACAAAAAGUGAUAAACAAUAAGUCCCUGGCGGCAUCAAUGCAUUACUCGGUAGUCAAGAGGUGGACUAAACAGAUCAAUAUAUUUGAAAAAGAUUUUGUCAUUGUACCAGUUCAUCAAAACGCACAUUGGUUUUUAGUAGUCAUUUGCUAUCCAAGAUUGAUUGGUAAACCCAUUAAGAGGAGUUAUUCUUGUUUACCAACAGAAUUGCAAUAUCCUUGCAUUUUGGUGUUUGACUCAUUGCCCACUCUAUUAUCGAUAAAGAGAUCGGUGAUUGUGCAAGAUUUAAAAAAUUACUUGAGGCGCGAAUACGCAGAAAAAAUGGGCCAAAACGCAGUAUUCGCGGAAGAUGACAUAGUGGUUUUUUAUCCUGAUGUACCAUACCAGCCUAAUUCUACUGAUUGCGGUCUAUAUUUGCUGCAGUACAUGGAAAGUUUUUGCAAGGAUUUUAUCAUACCUGACAAACUGGACUUUGAUUUAGUUUUUUUAAGGAAUUGGUUCGACAAAGAAUUAAUCAAAAGCAAACGAGACCAGUUAAAACAAUUGAUAAUUAGGUUGGCAUCGAUGAAAUAGAUUUGUUGUUGAUUCAUCAGCAUUGUUAGUAUUGUAGAAUAAGGUGCUAUGAUUUCAUAGCAAAAUAAGCGUUAUUACGAGUGAAAAACUAAAAGUAAUUAAUUAGUUAAUGAAACACAUUUUUUGCACCGCUGUUAGCGUUGUGGAGUAGAAAGUCACGGGGAAAUUUCGUCAACGCUUUUUUUUAUUAUGACAAAGUUUGUCUCGGGUUCCAUGUCUUUAAAUUUAUUAAAAAAUAUUCAUCGCUUUUCGUAUAAUGUGAAAACAUUUAUAUAAAGAAUUUCAGAUUAUGUUACUACAAAAAUGUCAUUUUUGUACUUGUACAAAUUCAGUGUUUAUUUAGGUUAGAAUUAAAUGUACCUUAAAAAGCUCUUCUAAACUGUAAUAUAGAAAAUUUAGUUCCUUGCA